AUGGGGGAGGGGGAAGACUCCAAGCUCCUUCCCGAUGAGAGCUGGAACGCGACCGGCAUUGGCUACAACAGCUCCGCUGUCUGGGACGUGAGCAAUUCCUCCGACGAGACGCUUGAAGAUGUGAAUGUCACAGACAGGAUGGAGCAGAAUGCGUCAGAGGUCCCGCAGAACAGCCAUGGUCUGUUUCCUGCAGCUCGGCAGGAUGAUGUUUUCUCAGCUGAGAAUGUGUCCAUCAAUGACAGCGACGCCUGGAACGACACUGACCUUGGCAACAGCUCCUUCAUCUGGGAAGCACACGGCGACCCCGAGCAUGGCUACUUCUUGGAGAACGAGUCGGCAGACGACGGGAACGCCUCAGACAGGAUGGAGGAGAAUGCAUCACAAGUGCAGGGGUACAGUAAUGGCUCCGUCAGUCUUCCCGACAAACUUCUGUUUGGAGGCAACGAGUCCGCGAACGAUAGUGACGAUUGGAACGUCACCGAACUUCCCUACAACGGCUCUCUACACUGGGAAGCAAGCAACGCUUCUGAACAUCGAGAAGACCCAGCGGAAUCCAUCGAGCUUGAUGGAAAUCUAUCAGACAGGACUGAUGAGAACGCGUCAGAGGUGUCAGGGAGCAGCAACGGCCCUUUGACACCCUCUGAAGACAUGCGCUUGGCGGGGAAUGCCUCUGUGAACAACAGUGAUGGCUGGAACGAGACCGACCUUCCGCACAACAGCUCCGACAUUUGGGAAGCCAGCAAUUCCUCGGAGGAUCUUUGGGAAGACGCCAAUGAGUCGGUCGAGCUGGAUGGCAACUUCUCAGAUUGGCAACAGCACUUGGAUGCGUCCUGCUCCUUGGCAUGCAUUCCGGCUGAAGAGGACAUCUUCUUUGCCGGGAACAAGUCGGCCAACGAUAGCGACGGCUGGAACGAGACCGACCUUCCGCACAACAGCUCCGACAUUUGGGAAGCCAGCAAUUCCUCGGAGGAUCUUUGGGAAGACGCCAAUGAGUCGGUCGAGCUGGAUGGCAACUUCUCAGAUUGGAUUGCAAGUACAACAGAGGUGCCGAACAACAGCUUCAGCAACGGCACUUGGAUGCGUCCUGAAGAGGGCAUCUUCUUCGCUGGGAACAAGUCGGCCAACGAUAGCGACGGCUGGAACGAGACCGACCUUCCGCACAACAGCUCCGACAUGUGGGAAGCCAGCAAUUCCUCGGAGGAUCUUUGGGAAGACGCCAAUGAGUCGGUCGAGCUGGAUGGGAACAUCUCGGAUUGGAUUGCAAAUACGACAGAGGCGCCGAACAACAGCUUCAGCAACGGUACUUGGAUGCGUCCUGAAGAGGACAACCUCUUUGCUGGGAACAAGUCGGCCAACGAUAGCGACGGCUGGAACGAGACCGACCUUCCGCGCAACAGCUCCGACAUGUGGGAAGCCAGCAAUUCCUCGGAGGAUCUUUGGGACGAUGCCAAUGAGUCGGUCGAGCUAGAUGGGAACAUCUCGGAUUGGAGCCUCACCUGA